AGCUGCCGCGUCAGCGGAAGGCAAAGUCAAGACCAAUGCAGCAACGUGCAUUCAGGAAGAUGGCAGGCUUUCUGAAGUGCGCAGCGCACUUCCUAUUUUUGCUUCUCCUGAAUUCGAUCCUCGUAUCUUGUGGCCCCGGAAACAAGCCAGUGCAAAAUGUACCGGAACCGUUAAUACGAAGUGCCCUGAAUUCAUUGAACGAGGAUUCUCCGACGCAUCAUACGUACAAGGGCGGUAACCUGAUUAGUGCGCAAAAAUUGGAUGAAUCACCUUACAUAAUAUAUAGACUCACGUUCGAUUUGACUCCUGUGUGCAAGGAAUCUUUGGAGCCUUGUCCACGAGAAGCAUGUACCAUAGAGGUGAAACAACACGAGCAAGGAGGCAUAAAUGUUUUGCGGGAGUCCAUCCAAUGUAUGUACCUGUAUCCCCAAUUGCCACAGGAUGAGCCGUCUUAUGCGCAAGUGCAAGAAAUUCAGGAGCAUGAGAUUAUUGAAAGUUUGGACAAACAGAUUACUACCAAUCAAAGCGUAGAAUUAGAUCAUGAGAUUCAAAAAACUGGAGAUCAUAAUGAGAAACCGUUUAUUGCAAUGAGAGCUUCCACUCCAAACUAUUGUCCGGGAUGUCCUUAUGAACUUAAUCCAAACUUGCCCGGUCUGGCUGCUUUCGGAGAGCAAGCUGCUAAGUCGAUGGACGAAUUCGUACAGAAUGAUUACAAACACAAAGUAAUUGAUAUUAUUAAAGUAACUCGUGCUGUUCCACCAUCCUCCAACGUAAUACAGUAUCAAAUUUUGUUACGUAUCGGAGAAUCUGAUUGUUUGAAAAAUGCGAUAGAACAAUCAGAAUGUUCUGUACAAGUAAGUCUUCCAGUUAAGACGUGUUUGAUAAUGUUUGAGGAGCAGCCUUGGCAGCAUAUUAGUCGUAGAAUAACAAAAAACAAUUGUACGAUGAGCAACAGUAUAGACAUUGAAAGUAAUAUUAAUCCCUACUCGACGUUAGGUGUUGAAUCUCUUGUAACACCUUCUCCUAAAAAACAAGAAAUUGAUCUUGAAAAAUCUGAAGCAUUGGAAAACUUGAAAAAUAUUCUUGACAAUUACACUAAUGCUGCAACUGUCAAAGUAGAAGAGCACGAGCAACAAGAAGUAACAGAGCAUCCCAUGGUAAAGAUUUCCUUGAAUAGGAGCGACGACAAUAUGAAACCUCAAGGAUUUGAAGACAAGGCAAAAGACUUUAAUGAAUUUUUGAAAGACUUUGAUCUGCCCACAAGAGAAGCAAAAUCGAGCCCAGAGACAAACCGGGAAGAAGUUAGAGAAGAAGUUAUCGUAUCAAAGAAAGUAUCGGCAAAUCCUACUGUAAAUGAAUCAGAAACAUUCCAAAGGAAUAGGAGAACAGUUCUUGGAGCACCAGAGAAGACGAACGUUAACGAUCCAGAGAUACAAGAAGCUGCCAAUAAGGGUUUGAAGAAACUCUCAGAGGGCUAUCAAGGCGCAAACGAGCCUAUUAUAACCGAGAUUGUAGAAGCUUCGAAACAAGUAGUAUCUGGAAUGCUAUAUAAAAUAAAGGCAAAAGUAGGUCCAAGUACUUGUCUAAAGGGAGUCAAAGACAAUUGUCAAUUGCAAGAAGGAAGUGAAAUCCAGGAAUGUUUGUUCUCUAUAUGGUCUCAACCAUGGAUAGAUAAGGGGUCUCCGGAAAUUAAAAUCAAUUGCAAUUCACACAACCAGAAAAAACGGUCUGUACAUGACGGAGGAGAAUUUUUAAUCUCCAAUGAAAGGAUCAAAAGAAAAUCUGGUAUACCAGGUGCACCGCAGAACGCGGAUGUUAACGAUCCAGAAAUACAGGAGGCUGCAAACAAAGGUUUAAAGAAAUUAUCGGAAGGUUAUCAAGGCACAAACGAGCCAAUCAUAGCAGAAAUUGUAGAAGCUUCGAAACAGGUAGUAUCUGGAAUGCUAUAUAAAAUAAAGGCGAAAGUAGGUCCAAGUACUUGCCUAAAGGGAGUCAAAGACAAUUGUCAAUUGCAAGAAGGAAGUGAAAUCCAGGAAUGUUUGUUCUCUGUAUGGUCUCAACCGUGGAUAGAUAAGGGGUCUCCGGAAAUUAAAAUCAAUUGCAAUUCACACAACCAGAAAAAACGGUCUGUACAUGAUGGAGGAGAAUUUUUAAUCUCCAAUGAAAGGAUCAAAAGAAAAUCUGGUAUACCAGGUGCACCGCAGAACGCGGAUGUUAACGAUCCAGAAAUACAGGAGGCUGCAAACAAAGGUUUAAAGAAAUUAUCGGAAGGUUAUCAAGGCACAAACGAGCCAAUCAUAGCAGAAAUUGUAGAAGCUUCGAAACAGGUAGUAUCUGGAAUGCUAUAUAAAAUAAAGGCGAAAGUAGGUCCAAGUACUUGCCUAAAGGGAGUCAAAGACAAUUGUCAAUUGCAAGAAGGAAGUGAAAUCCAGGAAUGUUUGUUCUCUGUAUGGUCUCAACCGUGGAUAGAUAAGGGGUCUCCGGAAAUUAAAAUCAAUUGCAAUUCACACAACCAGAAAAAACGGUCUGUACAUGAUGGAGGAGAAUUUUUAAUCUCCAAUGAAAGGAUCAAAAGAAAAUCUGGUAUACCAGGUGCACCGCAGAACGCGGAUGUUAACGAUCCAGAAAUACAGGAGGCUGCAAACAAAGGUUUAAAGAAAUUAUCGGAAGGUUAUCAAGGCACAAACGAGCCAAUCAUAGCAGAAAUUGUAGAAGCUUCGAAACAGGUAGUAUCUGGAAUGCUAUAUAAAAUAAAGGCGAAAGUAGGUCCAAGUACUUGCCUAAAGGGAGUCAAAGACAAUUGUCAAUUGCAAGAAGGAAGUGAAAUCCAGGAAUGUUUGUUCUCUGUAUGGUCUCAACCGUGGAUAGAUAAGGGGUCUCCGGAAAUUAAAAUCAAUUGCAAUUCACACAACCAGAAAAAACGGUCUGUACAUGAUGGAGGAGAAUUUUUAAUCUCCAAUGAAAGGAUCAAAAGAAAAUCUGGUAUACCAGGUGCACCGCAGAACGCGGAUGUUAACGAUCCAGAAAUACAGGAGGCUGCAAACAAAGGUUUAAAGAAAUUAUCGGAAGGUUAUCAAGGCACAAACGAGCCAAUCAUAGCAGAAAUUGUAGAAGCUUCGAAACAGGUAGUAUCUGGAAUGCUAUAUAAAAUAAAGGCGAAAGUAGGUCCAAGUACUUGCCUAAAGGGAGUCAAAGACAAUUGUCAAUUGCAAGAAGGAAGUGAAAUCCAGGAAUGUUUGUUCUCUGUAUGGUCUCAACCGUGGAUAGAUAAGGGGUCUCCGGAAAUUAAAAUCAAUUGCAAUUCACACAACCAGAAAAAACGGUCUGUACAUGAUGGAGGAGAAUUUUUAAUCUCCAAUGAAAGGAUCAAAAGAAAAUCUGGUAUACCAGGUGCACCGCAGAACGCGGAUGUUAACGAUCCAGAAAUACAGGAGGCUGCAAACAAAGGUUUAAAGAAAUUAUCGGAAGGUUAUCAAGGCACAAACGAGCCAAUCAUAGCAGAAAUUGUAGAAGCUUCGAAACAGGUAGUAUCUGGAAUGCUAUAUAAAAUAAAGGCGAAAGUAGGUCCAAGUACUUGCCUAAAGGGAGUCAAAGACAAUUGUCAAUUGCAAGAAGGAAGUGAAAUCCAGGAAUGUUUGUUCUCUGUAUGGUCUCAACCGUGGAUAGAUAAGGGGUCUCCGGAAAUUAAAAUCAAUUGCAAUUCACACAACCAGAAAAAACGGUCUGUACAUGAUGGAGGAGAAUUUUUAAUCUCCAAUGAAAGGAUCAAAAGAAAAUCUGGUAUACCAGGUGCACCGCAGAACGCGGAUGUUAACGAUCCAGAAAUACAGGAGGCUGCAAACAAAGGUUUAAAGAAAUUAUCGGAAGGUUAUCAAGGCACAAACGAGCCAAUCAUAGCAGAAAUUGUAGAAGCUUCGAAACAGGUAGUAUCUGGAAUGCUAUAUAAAAUAAAGGCGAAAGUAGGUCCAAGUACUUGCCUAAAGGGAGUCAAAGACAAUUGUCAAUUGCAAGAAGGAAGUGAAAUCCAGGAAUGUUUGUUCUCUGUAUGGUCUCAACCGUGGAUAGAUAAGGGGUCUCCGGAAAUUAAAAUCAAUUGCAAUUCACACAACCAGAAAAAACGGUCUGUACAUGAUGGAGGAGAAUUUUUAAUCUCCAAUGAAAGGAUCAAAAGAAAAUCUGGUAUACCAGGUGCACCGCAGAACGCGGAUGUUAACGAUCCAGAAAUACAGGAGGCUGCAAACAAAGGUUUAAAGAAAUUAUCGGAAGGUUAUCAAGGCACAAACGAGCCAAUCAUAGCAGAAAUUGUAGAAGCUUCGAAACAGGUAGUAUCUGGAAUGCUAUAUAAAAUAAAGGCGAAAGUAGGUCCAAGUACUUGCCUAAAGGGAGUCAAAGACAAUUGUCAAUUGCAAGAAGGAAGUGAAAUCCAGGAAUGUUUGUUCUCUGUAUGGUCUCAACCGUGGAUAGAUAAGGGGUCUCCGGAAAUUAAAAUCAAUUGCAAUUCACACAACCAGAAAAAACGGUCUGUACAUGAUGGAGGAGAAUUUUUAAUCUCCAAUGAAAGGAUCAAAAGAAAAUCUGGUAUACCAGGUGCACCGCAGAACGCGGAUGUUAACGAUCCAGAAAUACAGGAGGCUGCAAACAAAGGUUUAAAGAAAUUAUCGGAAGGUUAUCAAGGCACAAACGAGCCAAUCAUAGCAGAAAUUGUAGAAGCUUCGAAACAGGUAGUAUCUGGAAUGCUAUAUAAAAUAAAGGCGAAAGUAGGUCCAAGUACUUGCCUAAAGGGAGUCAAAGACAAUUGUCAAUUGCAAGAAGGAAGUGAAAUCCAGGAAUGUUUGUUCUCUGUAUGGUCUCAACCGUGGAUAGAUAAGGGGUCUCCGGAAAUUAAAAUCAAUUGCAAUUCACACAACCAGAAAAAACGGUCUGUACAUGAUGGAGGAGAAUUUUUAAUCUCCAAUGAAAGGAUCAAAAGAAAAUCUGGUAUACCAGGUGCACCGCAGAACGCGGAUGUUAACGAUCCAGAAAUACAGGAGGCUGCAAACAAAGGUUUAAAGAAAUUAUCGGAAGGUUAUCAAGGCACAAACGAGCCAAUCAUAGCAGAAAUUGUAGAAGCUUCGAAACAGGUAGUAUCUGGAAUGCUAUAUAAAAUAAAGGCGAAAGUAGGUCCAAGUACUUGCCUAAAGGGAGUCAAAGACAAUUGUCAAUUGCAAGAAGGAAGUGAAAUCCAGGAAUGUUUGUUCUCUGUAUGGUCUCAACCGUGGAUAGAUAAGGGGUCUCCGGAAAUUAAAAUCAAUUGCAAUUCACACAACCAGAAAAAACGGUCUGUACAUGAUGGAGGAGAAUUUUUAAUCUCCAAUGAAAGGAUCAAAAGAAAAUCUGGUAUACCAGGUGCACCGCAGAACGCGGAUGUUAACGAUCCAGAAAUACAGGAGGCUGCAAACAAAGGUUUAAAGAAAUUAUCGGAAGGUUAUCAAGGCACAAACGAGCCAAUCAUAGCAGAAAUUGUAGAAGCUUCGAAACAGGUAGUAUCUGGAAUGCUAUAUAAAAUAAAGGCGAAAGUAGGUCCAAGUACUUGCCUAAAGGGAGUCAAAGACAAUUGUCAAUUGCAAGAAGGAAGUGAAAUCCAGGAAUGUUUGUUCUCUGUAUGGUCUCAACCGUGGAUAGAUAAGGGGUCUCCGGAAAUUAAAAUCAAUUGCAAUUCACACAACCAGAAAAAACGGUCUGUACAUGAUGGAGGAGAAUUUUUAAUCUCCAAUGAAAGGAUCAAAAGAAAAUCUGGUAUACCAGGUGCACCGCAGAACGCGGAUGUUAACGAUCCAGAAAUACAGGAGGCUGCAAACAAAGGUUUAAAGAAAUUAUCGGAAGGUUAUCAAGGCACAAACGAGCCAAUCAUAGCAGAAAUUGUAGAAGCUUCGAAACAGGUAGUAUCUGGAAUGCUAUAUAAAAUAAAGGCGAAAGUAGGUCCAAGUACUUGCCUAAAGGGAGUCAAAGACAAUUGUCAAUUGCAAGAAGGAAGUGAAAUCCAGGAAUGUUUGUUCUCUGUAUGGUCUCAACCGUGGAUAGAUAAGGGGUCUCCGGAAAUUAAAAUCAAUUGCAAUUCACACAACCAGAAAAAACGGUCUGUACAUGAUGGAGGAGAAUUUUUAAUCUCCAAUGAAAGGAUCAAAAGAAAAUCUGGUAUACCAGGUGCACCGCAGAACGCGGAUGUUAACGAUCCAGAAAUACAGGAGGCUGCAAACAAAGGUUUAAAGAAAUUAUCGGAAGGUUAUCAAGGCACAAACGAGCCAAUCAUAGCAGAAAUUGUAGAAGCUUCGAAACAGGUAGUAUCUGGAAUGCUAUAUAAAAUAAAGGCGAAAGUAGGUCCAAGUACUUGCCUAAAGGGAGUCAAAGACAAUUGUCAAUUGCAAGAAGGAAGUGAAAUCCAGGAAUGUUUGUUCUCUGUAUGGUCUCAACCGUGGAUAGAUAAGGGGUCUCCGGAAGUUAAAAUCAAUUGCAAUUCACACAACCAGAAAAAACGGUCUGUACAUGAUGGAGGAGAAUUUUUAAUCUCCAAUGAAAGGAUCAAAAGAAAAUCUGGUAUACCAGGUGCACCGCAGAACGCGGAUGUUAACGAUCCAGAAAUACAGGAGGCUGCAAACAAAGGUUUAAAGAAAUUAUCGGAAGGUUAUCAAGGCACAAACGAGCCAAUCAUAGCAGAAAUUGUAGAAGCUUCGAAACAGGUAGUAUCUGGAAUGCUAUAUAAAAUAAAGGCGAAAGUAGGUCCAAGUACUUGCCUAAAGGGAGUCAAAGACAAUUGUCAAUUGCAAGAAGGAAGUGAAAUCCAGGAAUGUUUGUUCUCUGUAUGGUCUCAACCGUGGAUAGAUAAGGGGUCUCCGGAAAUUAAAAUCAAUUGCAAUUCACACAACCAGAAAAAACGGUCUGUACAUGAUGGAGGAGAAUUUUUAAUCUCCAAUGAAAGGAUCAAAAGAAAAUCUGGUAUACCAGGUGCACCGCAGAACGCGGAUGUUAACGAUCCAGAAAUACAGGAGGCUGCAAACAAAGGUUUAAAGAAAUUAUCGGAAGGUUAUCAAGGCACAAACGAGCCAAUCAUAGCAGAAAUUGUAGAAGCUUCGAAACAAACAGUAUCUGGAACACUAUAUAAAAUAAGGGCGAAGGUAGGUUCAAGCACAUGCCUAAAGGGAGUCAAAGACAAUUGUCAAUUGCAAGAAGGAAGUGAAAUUCAGGAAUGUUUGUUUUCUGUAUGGUCUCAACCAUGGGUAGACAAAGGAUCUGCAGAAAUUACCAUCAAUUGCAAUUUACAUAACCAGAAGAAACGGUCUAUUCAUGAUGCAGGUGAAUUUUUAAUCUCCAAUGAAAGGAUCGAAAGAGAAUCUGGUAUGCGAGGUGCACCGCAGAACACGGAUGUUAACGAUCCAGAAAUACAGGAGGCUGCAAACAAAGGUUUAAAGAAAUUAUCGGAAGGUUAUCAAGGCACAAACGAGCCAAUCAUAGCAGAAAUUGUAGAAGCUUCGAAACAGGUAGUAUCUGGAAUGCUAUAUAAAAUAAAGGCGAAAGUAGGUCCAAGUACUUGCCUAAAGGGAGUCAAAGACAAUUGUCGAUUGCAAGAAGGAAGCGAGAUCCAGGAAUGUUUGUUCUCUGUAUGGUCUCAACCGUGGAUAGAUAAGGGGUCUCCGGAAAUUAAAAUCAAUUGCAAUUCACACAACCAGAAAAAACGGUCUGUACAUGAUGGAGGAGAAUUUUUAAUCUCCAAUGAAAGGAUCAAAAGAAAAUCUGGUAUACCAGGUGCACCGCAGGACGCAAAUGUUAACGAUCCAGAAAUACAGGAGGCUGCAAACAAAGGCUUAAAGAAGUUAUCAGAAGGCUAUCAAGGUGCAAACGAGCCAAUCAUAGCAGAAAUUGUUGAAGCUUCGAAGCAAGUAGUAUCUGGAAUGCUAUAUAAAAUAAGGGCGAAGGUAGGUCCAAGUACUUGCCUAAAGGGAGUCAAAGACAAUUGUCAAUUGCAAGAAGGAAGUGAAAUCCAGGAAUGUUUGUUCUCUGUAUGGUCUCAACCGUGGAUAGAUAAGGGGUCUCCGGAAAUUAAAAUCAAUUGCAAUUCACACAACCAGAAAAAACGGUCUGUACAUGAUGGAGGAGAAUUUUUAAUCUCCAAUGAAAGGAUCAAAAGAAAAUCUGGUAUACCAGGUGCACCGCAGGACGCAAAUGUUAACGAUCCAGAAAUACAGGAGGCUGCAAACAAAGGCUUAAAGAAGUUAUCAGAAGGCUAUCAAGGUGCAAACGAGCCAAUCAUAGCAGAAAUUGUUGAAGCUUCGAAACAGGUAGUAUCUGGAAUGCUAUAUAAAAUAAGGGCGAAGGUAGGUCCAAGUACUUGCCUAAAGGGAGUCAAAGACAAUUGUCGAUUGCAAGAAGGAAGCGAGAUCCAGGAAUGUUUGUUUUCUGUGUGGUCGCAACCAUGGGUGGACGAAGGAUCUCCAGAAAUUACCAUAGAUUGUAAUGUACGCAACCAACGAGAGAAGGGAAGAACGAAAAGAAAAUCUGGUGUUGUCGGCGUAGCAAAUAGUGUAAAUGUCAACGAUCCUGAAAUAAAAAAUCUUGCUAACAAGGGACUGCAGAAGUUUGCUGAAAAUUCCGAAGGCACUAACGAGCCUAUGAUAGUAGAUAUUGUGGAGGCUUCCCAACAAGUAGUAUCAGGAUUGUUAUAUAAAAUCAAAGUUAAACUGGGCACUAGCACUUGUCCCCGUGGUGUCAAAGGUGAAUGCCAAUUGAACGAAGGCAGCGAUAUCAAGGAAUGCCUGUUCACGAUAUGGUCUCAGCCAUGGAAAGACAUGGGUUCUCCGCACAUCAAUAUCAACUGUGAUCUAAGUAAUCGUCGAAAGCGAAUGUUGCGUGGAGUCGACUAUAAUAAAAAAAUGUUGAAGAUUGCCGAGGAAGCCGCCGAGGACAUUAAGGAGCAAUACAUGUUUGAGAAGUUCUUGAGAGAGCACAACAAGACCUAUAGUUCGGUCGAGGAGAAGCAAUCUCGUUUUGAGAUUUUUAAAAGAAAUCUAAAGCUAAUAGAGGAGUUGCGGGACGCCGAGCAGGGUACAGCCAAGUAUGGUAUCACAAUGUUCGCUGAUUUGACGCCGAAGGAAUUCAAAGCUAAUUAUUUGGGUUACCGACCUAACCUGAAACACGAAAACGCGAUACCAUUUCUCGAGGCGAAGAUACCGGAUAUCGAUUUGCCACCGAAAUUUGAUUGGCGUGACCGUCGUGUCGUAACACCUGUGAAAAACCAAGGAGCGUGUGGAUCGUGCUGGGCAUUUUCCGUGACCGGUAACGUGGAAAGUCAAUACGCGAUCAAUCACGGAAAGCUAUUGUCAUUGUCCGAACAGGAAUUGGUAGAUUGUGAUAAGUAUGACUCAGGUUGCGGUGGAGGGGAAAUGGAGAAUGCUUAUAGAACCAUAGAGCAAUUAGGCGGCCUUGAAUUGGAAACUGAUUAUCCGUACGAUGCUAGAAACGAGAAGUGUCACUUCAACGAUAGCAAAGCUGUCGUGAAAGUUGUCGAUGCUCGAACCAUUUCGUCAAAUGAAACAGAUAUGGCCAAAUGGUUGGUCAAAAACGGGCCAAUCUCUAUCGCCAUUAACGCCAAUGCUAUGCAGUUUUACGUCGGCGGGGUUUCGCAUCCGUUCCGAUUCAUGUGCAACCCGAAAAAUUUGGAUCACGGCGUUCUAAUAGUGGGAUACGGUAAAAGCGUGUAUCCUAUCUUCCACAACAAAGAGUUGCCGUAUUGGAUUAUAAAGAAUAGUUGGGGACCCCGAUGGGGUGAACAAGGAUACUAUAGAGUGUACAGAGGCGACGGUACCUGUGGACUGAAUCUCCAGGCUUCGACCGCACUAGUAGCAUGAUAUAAAAACGCAUUAUUCGAUGGUGGUGGUCUCUCUAAUGAAAUCUAACUUAUCUUAAAUGAAAUUAUUUUUUUUUACUAACUCGAUACGCAUGUGGUAUAAAUAUUAUCGUAUAGGGUGCGAGGAAACGUUCAGAGACGUUUCGUUACCGCGACAUGACAUUGUAAUAAAUAAGAAAUGGAAGUGCGCGCAGGACUUCCACUUGUUGCAAUUGCAUAGAAGCUUAGCAAUGCUUUCGUAAUAAAAAAAAAAGAAAGAAUACUGGUUACAAAUA